UUAGGUCCAUGAUCUAUCACAAAUAACCACCACAACAAACAAAAAUUAGAAAGAACAAGUCCAAGGCAGAGCAAUGGCGCAUAUAGCAGCAAUGGGCGUUUCCCAAAUUUCCUCUUCAAUAUACAUGCCGGAACUUCCACUCAAGUCUCAAAAUCUACAGCCCUCGUCCGUUUUCCUCAAGAGAUUCAGCGUAGCUCAUAAAAGAUUCAAUCUUGUUAAAGCUACCAUUGAUGGGUCCCCAGCCCCAGCUCCAUCCCCAGGUCUUUACUCUGCUAAACAGUUCGAGCUCACCCCUGAAAACGUCGAUAUGGUUCUUGAAGAUGUUCGACCUUAUCUCAUUUCUGAUGGCGGAAACGUAGAGGUCGUUUCUGUGGAAGACGGUGUCGUUUCCCUCCAGCUUCAAGGAGCGUGUGAGAGUUGUCCUAGCGCAACAACUACAAUGAAGAUGGGGAUUGAAAAGGUACUCAAAGAAAAGUUUGGAGAAGCCAUCAAGGAUAUUCGCCAAGUAUACAAUGAACAAGUAGUUGAAACCACUGCUGAGGCUGUGAAUGCUCACCUCGAUAUAUUAAGACCUGCCAUUAAAAAUUUUGGUGGUAGUGUGGAAGUUUUAUCUGUUGAGGAAGGCAAUUGCAAUGUGAAGUAUGUAGGGCCUGAGUCUAUUGGAUCAGGAGUCAAAGCAGCAAUCAAAGAGAAGUUCCCCGAUAUUGUCAAUGUUGUGUUCACUGACUAGCUUGCUUCGCGACAGUAUUUUGAGAAGUUCUUCUUUUGAACAUACUGUGAAGUUUAAUGCCAAUACUAUCGUCUGUUAUGUAGGAGAGAUGUAUAAUCCCAACCAUUUCGAGCAAACUUACAGUACAUGUUCACUAUGUAAAGAAACAACAGUAUGGAUGAAGUGGCUAAGUUUCUUCCCACCUCCACUAUUAUGUAUUGAUCAUGAGGAGAUUAUGAAAAAGAAGUAUUUUUUACAAUUCA